CACGCCUAUCUGACAGAACGCAGCAACGCAACAACCACAAGCGACUUACAUUGAGGAAGUUACAAAAUGGCAGUUAAGCACUUCCUAACUUUCUGUUUCUUACCCUGCAAGUUAGGCAAGUUCGUAGCGAAACAUAGGCUAAUCGAAUGUCCUUAACGAGGGAAAUAUAGUCAAUGUAGAAAUAUUAUGACAAUAUUAGCAAAAACUCAAGUGUUCCAUAAAAAUGUUUAUGACUUCUCGCUUCCUGGUUGCAACAUAUUUGUCCAAGAAGAACCCUGCAAGUGAAGUGAGACAAACGGAAUACGCUUUCAACGAUUCACUAAAAGCUACUGAUCCACAACAUUUGGAUUACUAUUUACUGUAGUCUAGUCUAGUUGCUGACAGCUUCUUCAGAUGUUUUUCAACAGGAUAAAACGGACUGACCAGAAACUCAGAUAAACAGACUAAUCAUGGAAAAUGAUAUCGGAUCGAGAGAAGGUCUUUUGGAACCAGUGCUUCCAGGUUCAGCGAUAUUUGAUGACAGUAUUCUACCACCCCUGCAUAACUCUUAUCUGUAUGAGGAGUCUAGAAACUCAUUCAUUUACAGUUCUGCACAUCUGAUAAAUAAUGACAUCUUGCAGAAAAGAUAUACUACCUUCCGAGUGGAGAAGAAAGAGAGUGGUUACACCGAGGAGGAACUCGAGGAGUCGUUUGGUUUCUUGUUGUUUGAGGAUGAAAGCAAGGCAAACACACUUGGGGAUAGUGGUUUACUCACUGGACACAGUUCAUGCUCUACGCUUGGAGAUCCUUCAAAGGGAGUGUAUGUUUCAAAGUACUCAGACUGCCUGGAUGUGAAACGAUGGUACUGUGGGAAGUCUGGCUAUAUUGCUAUAGUGAGACUUACAAAGGGCAGAGUGAAAGAAAUGAGUGACAACUACACUGUGAACUUCACUCCUCCCACAGAAGGGUUUGACUGCCAUGAGUCAGAUCAACUCAGCACAGUCACAGCCACUACCAGCUCCUUUCUGGCAUUUGAGAGAACUCAGCACUAUAUGUAUGAGCUGUUGACUGGAGGUAAAGACACAGAGAAGUGUCCUCGACAUGUGUGCCCAUUUGCAAUAGUGGCAUUUUCUUAUGGCAAAGCACAUCCUACUGUUCCUGAAUCAUCAGAAAAAAGUCAAGAGAAAACAGUGUUUUACUACCAGCCCUGGACAGGCCAAUUGGUGGUUGAUUCUUUAGUCUAUGAAAUUGGACUAAAGUCCAGCAAUGGAGCUCUGUUACCAGCUAAACUCCCGAAGACAUUAAAGAUCAAAACUGUAAUGAGAGUAUCUGAUCUGAGGAUGUUAUUGCCAAAAGACAUUUUUGAAACCUGUUUUUCUGGUGAAGUUAUGGUGGGAGGAAAAUGUUGCACUCUUUUUGAAGUGGUAUCCACUGUGACAGAUGACAACCUUCUCUCAAUUCUUACUGAGGAGGUGAAGGAGAAAGACAUGGCUCUUGUUUUUCAGUUGGAUGACGCUGGUUUUUUUGUGUUGUUGCACUCAUCUUACUUCCUUUCGUAUGAAGAUGCAAAUUCAGAGAAAAAAGAAGCACUACAAGGCAUGUUUAUAUUCCCAGACUCUCGAACUAUACAGCGAGAUACUAAGAGUUGUCGUAGAAAGUCACCACUAUCAUCAGAAGUUCUCCAAGUUCUGCCAGCAUUGAACUAUGCAGAGACAGAAAUGGAGAAGUCUGGUCCGGGUCAGCAUGAGAAGAUUACAUUACUCCUGGAGAAACACCUUGAGCAUUAUGGGACUCUGAUUCAUCCAGGAUUGCAAAGCAGUCCCCAAAGAGAGGCCAGUAUGUUUCCUGACCAGUAUGAUGUGCCUUAUGUGUUCAAACACCUUUUUCCAACACCAAAGUGGACAGAAGUCAUCAAGUUACAAGUGAGGUCAUAUUUGGAUCAGCCCUGCUCCUUUGAGUUUUCUGUGAAAAGAGCUACUGAGCUGCUUUUGGCUGGUCGAGAGCAGCGCAGAGACGACCCCGAUGAUGAGGUGUAUUACUGCAUCUCAUCACCAGAGGAAUCUCCUAGGAGCCCAACAGUUGUAUGGCUUGAGAAGCCUUCUGAAGCAGAUGCCAGCUGCCCUACUGACACAUUUGUGGAGAUUCAACAUGCAGCUGAACAGUUAUCAGAAAGUUGUGAGCCAGAGUCACCCCCUGAAUCUAUACAGCCUGAACUGUCUGACUUAAGUAAACUCAGUGAUACUGAGAUACUGAGCAAGGGAAGCAUUCCUGCCCUCAAAACUUUACCUACAACUUUAGGAUUUGAUCUUGGAGAAACAACAAUAUCCAUGGAGAUAACUCAGCCUACAGCUGCAGUGGUCACAACAAAUGUAUUGACAUCUUCUUUCCCAAAGGAGUGUGACACUGUGAACUCUUGUGAUGACCAAGCACUGCAGAUGAGCACAGCUGCUCAGGAGGUGGUGACAAAUGAAAGUAGACUCCCUAUCAGUUCAAAGACCAAUGCACCUUUGGAGGCUAGUGAUGCCAAAAUUGUUAUGACUGAGCCAGAUGUGCAUCUGGGUCCAGAAAUAAAGAGAGCACCAUCUCAAACUGACUGGAGGAGCCUACCUCGGCGUAGAGGCAGGAAACGCAAGAGAAUAUCUAAAACGUCUGUGUCAAAAAUUGACGUCAGUGCAUUCCAGCAGUUUAUCCCCUGGUGUUGCAACCAAGGACUCAGAUGGUCAAUGCAUGGGAGCUGAACAGAACCAACCCGAUACUGAAAAGGAC